CGGCAAGCUCAAUUUGAUUCUGUUUUUAUCAACAUUCUUAUUAAACAGAAUACAUAUUUCUCCAAUGGAAAAUGAGACCUGAAAUUGUAAGGAUGUAAAAAAAAAUUCUGUGGCUCACAAUGAGUGAUAGAGUGCUACUUCUGGCGAUUGUUACAGACAUUGUUGAUCCUGUCAUUGCCUACCCAAGCUGCCAGAACUGCUACACAAAGCUGUUGAUUGAUCCACUCAAUAACAGAUUUCACUGUGUGCGUUGCUGCUCAAGCUUAGAGGAGGGCUAUGUGCACUGGCGGUUUCGACUUGUCCUCCAGAUUUCUGAUGGCAGUUCAGCUGGAAGUGUUGUACUGUUUGGGCAAAUACUUGAAAAAUUCUUUGGAAAGUCAGCAACAGAUUUUAAAAGGAGUGUGGAUGAUUUAGAGAAGUCCGGGUAUCCAUCCUCUGCCAUGCUAAUUGAAGCCUUAGCAAGUACUUUUGUUGGAAAAUACUUCUACUUUGGAUUCAAGCAUAAUGCUGAAUGUCCCACUUCGAGUCCAACAUUAGGUGACAUUAUAACAGCAAGAAAAUUGGGCUGCAGCAGUACAUUUAGUCAGAUUGAAAGAAGUCAAGAACAUUUUGAUAAUUCACACACACUUGCUACACAAAUGAUUGCAGGGAAUGAGGGUGUCUAUGCAACUGUGACUGAUUACAUGAGGCUUAUGGUGAAACAGCUGAGGAAUGGCUACAAAUCAACCCCAGUUUCUGAGCAUAGACAGCCAUGCUAUUCUUCAGAAUGUCAGAAAUCAUUACAACAAGGAAGUUAUUGUUAUACACCUUUAAUUGAAUCGAGACAGGAAUCAGUGCAAUUGAGCUUUGAAAACAGUGAUUUAGUUGGCUCUAAUUCGUCCAAUAUACAGCCUCUGAUGAUGUCAGAAAGAAAAUAUCCUGUGAAACAAUUACAUGCAUUUCAAAAUUCCAGCAAGUCUUCUACAGAUGACUGUUUAUGUGCUGUGACAUUUGAAGAGUCAGAAGCAGACACUGUAGUUGUUGAUGAAACCGAUAGAGCUAUCAGUAGUAACAAGGAAAGUACAAAAACACUCAGUCAGACAACAGUAACUCAAAAACUAAAUUUUUCAACUGACAGUGAGUGUGACCUUUCUAGCACAUGUAAAACGAUUGACAAGGAGCUGAAAAGAAGAGCUCAUAGAAAUGCACUAAGAAUAAUGUCUCAGGAUAAAUCUCAAAAUGUAUUUAUGAAGGACUUCAUUUCAAUAAAAGUAACAUCCAUCAAUUCAACCUAUUGUAAGACGAGAAGAAAUGAUACUGAAAACAAAUCUGGCAAUAUGCUUCCGUCACAACUCCAUGCUUGUGAUAUAGGAAGCAUACAUUUACUUCCAUUGUCACCCAGGGGUACAUGUAAAACUGAUGGUUACAAUGACAAAGAAAGGUGUCCUGCUAGUUGCAUCAUAACAACAGACUUUGAAUCACAAUGUAAUGGUAUUGACUUCUCAAAUGAUGACUUUGACAGUGAGUCAGGACAUGACAACCCCAUGUCAGAUGCAGAGGAAAAAGACACUGAAGAUUUUGAGUUUGAAAAAAACAUGCCAGAAUGCAACAAUGACAUACCCACUGGUGUUUCUUGUAAAGGUUUUGGUGGUAAUUUUGCUCAAAUGCCUGAGUCAGAGAAGCUUGAUGAUUUUCUUGACUCGUUUGAAGGAUUAUCUUUGCAUGAUUCUGACCUGAAUUUGAAAAUGAAUAGUGGUAGUUUUCUGAAUGAUAUCAAUAGAGGAGAACACAGUUUGGAGUUUGCAGAAACUGAAAGAAGUGUUACAAUUAGGACUCGUGUUCAAAAGAGUUAUGAAGCAGACCACACAUCUUCCAGUGUUAAUAAACAUAGUGAGCCAAACACACAAGAUCUUGAAUCAUUUUUCAAUAACAUUACUGAUGAGGAAAUUCAAAAUGAUAGACUUGCUGCACUUCAUGAAUCAAACAAGCUUCACAUCGACUUUGAUACUUUUAACAUAAAAAUAAAUAGUAAUGUUAAUGUUGAAGUUGAACAGUCGAAUGAAGAUGAAAAGCAAAGUCAAAGAAAAAGUAGAUAUGGCUCAGACAGCAUGUUCGAUUCAUUUUCACUUUGUUCGAUUGAAGAAGGAAAACAUUCGGAAAAACGGGUGCAUCAAGGGCAUGAUGAAAAUCUUUCGAAAGUAUUGCAUGGGAACUCAAAAUGUCCCUCUGAACCAGAUGUACAUGCAGUACAGUCUGAGCAACAGGAGGUAUCAUUCAAUGACAGCAGUUUUUAUUGUGACUAUUUCUUGUGUUAUAGACCUAAAGACCCCAAAAUAGAUCAUGAAAAUGACAAGCUUGUUGGAGAAUAUGUUUUAAAUGAUGACUUGAAAGGCUUGGAUGAGAACAAUAGGACAGAAGUGUCUGAUUUGCUAAAGACGCAGAAGCUUUCUAAUGUAACUGUCAAAAAUGUUAGUUCUCAUUUCUUUAAAUUGUCAGUGAAAACUGGUAAAAGUGAUAAAAUACAUGAAAAUAUGUUUGAUGAUGGAGCUGCUGAUUUGACAAAUGGUUCUGUAGAUCUUUUUGAUGAUUCAAGUGAUGCAUUGCCAACAAAGAAGCAAUCUGGAAUCUGUACUGUGUUCAAUACUCCAGAUGUGUCACAAAAUCAAAGCAAAAAGAGAUCAAUAUUUGACAUGCUGUUUACACCUGAUACAAAGGAAGAAAGUGAGAACUGUGCUCGAAAAUUGAGUCUGGAUUAUUCCUUUCCAUGUUUGUCCACACCUCUUACAAGUGAUGAGUGUGUUGAACAUGCUCCUAUUACUCCUGGACUGGACAAAUGUAUCAUAAUGGAUAUCGAAGAUGUGUCUCCUUCUGAAAAGAAUUAUGUUAUCGGAUUAUCACAAUCUUAUACAAUAGAAAAAAAUGAUGUGCACGUACCAGGAGUUUCUUCAACGGUAAGACUGAAAUCACCAAGAAAAGUGAAAUUUGACCAAAGACUCAGAAGAGUAAGCUCUUGCCAUUUGAUGGAUAUCAGAAUGAAAAUGAACAGCAGCCCUUUAAAGAAUCCAAAAUCAGCAAGGAAAUCAUGUUUAAAGUUAAAUAUUGAAAGUACCGGUAACAGCAAUGAUGAUGCAGAAGCUCACAACAAGCAUUGUAACCCAUUGAAUACAAGAUUGUCAGAACAUUCAGAAGUCACAAGAGAUAAACCAGAUAACCAAAUGAUUGAAUUUUUAAAGCAGACACAAACCAUCAGAGUAGAAAAUGAAAUGAAUAAACAUAAGCACUUUGAAUCAACGGAAGAAAUCUUUGAUCAGUCUGGGGACAUGUUUGCUUCUUUCUCAGAAAUACAAACUACUUUGAACCAUGAGACGAACGAAAAGGACUGUGCAAUGAAUGAUAAAAAUAGCUUUAAAAACAAUGUAAAUUUAGUUAUUGAUAAUGACUUAAGGAGACCGUCAGUGUCAUAUAAUUGUGUAGAUGUUCUUUCAAAAUAUACCAAUUAUACUACAUGUGGGGUGAAAAGUGAUGGAGGGCGAGUGAUGACAGAUGGGAAUCAGACAGGUGAUAGUUCAUGUGACUUGUUUGACAGUUUUGUAGAAGACAAAGAAAAUAGAAAUCCUUAUAAAUGUGAAGAAGUAAGCCUAAGGGAAAACAUUGAUGUUGUAAAUAGUCAUGUUAUAUAUUCAAGCAGCUGUGAUACCUCUGGGGAAAAUUGUGAUACGUCUCCUAGCAUAAUUUGUGACAGCCCAGAUCUCUUCAGGAAGCAGCAUAUGAAGCUGUUUCGAAAACAUUUUCCAUCAGUGCAGAGGACGCCUUGCAGCCAAAUGUUAAAUCAUCGGAAAAAAACAUUAUUCCUUUUGUGUGUACUUUUAAUCCAUCAUUACCAAACAUUGGUAAAAUUAUAAACCAAUAUUGGGGACUCCUCAGAUAUUCAAAAAGUAAAACUAUCCAAGAUCUCAUUAACUACAAACCAAUUGAUGCAUAUAUGCGGCCAAGUUCAAGAAUUUAUUGAAACAUUUGUAUUCACAGAUGCAAUAAAUAUGCAUUACUACAAUUCCCACAUUAUAACAACAACAUAUUUUCAAAACCAUUCUCAAUUAUUAUUGAGAAAAUAAAUGAAAAUUAAUUGGUUACCAUGGCAACCAUUAUUGAAAAAAGGCGUUUUGGGGUUAAAUUUGCAUUGACAUAUAUAAUAAAAGUCAUCUGAAGCAUUCGGUAAUAAUUGAUUUGUUAAUUGAUAUCCUCAAAACUUACUGUACCUGGUGUAUGUAUUUGACAAAUGUCAGAAUAA